AUGGCGUCCCAGCAACUAUCUCCUGUAUCGGUCUCGGCCUCGCUGCGCGAAGACCCGGAAACGAUGCGCAAGGUGAUGAACAUCCAUAUCGAACAAGUCUUUGGGGAACCGGAUCAAGCAAUUCGCGGCAAGACAAUGGAGCCGAUCUAUCACGAAGAUGUCACCUGGUUUCAACCUCGCGAACAUUCCGGCGACAAUUCCAUCAUUCGCGGCCGGGAUAAUGUAAAUGCGACAAUUCAAAAGGAACGGGCUGCACUCCCCGGGUUUUACAUGUUGCAUGACGAGGAAGGAUAUAUUGCUGUCACACAAAACCUGGGUAUCCUUCACUGGAAGUUGGGGCCUCCCGAGCAGCCCGACAUGAUCAAGGCCUGUCAUUAUAUCAUCUUUGAAGAAGGGAAGAUUAAGGUUUUUUGGACUGCGCAUCUGAAAACGCCUGCUGCGCCUCCGUCUUAA